AUGGGGGCCGAGCUACAGCAGAUCCUGCUCCAGGUGUCCGAGCUGCAGCACUGGAGGAAAGUUUUCACCAACACCAAAUCUCCACAGAGGCUGGUGGAUGUGGGGAAGAAGGAGGACCAAGACGAGGACCCUCCCCCCUACAAGCCCAUCCCACCUGUCUGUUCCAUCCCCAGGAGACUGGUCAUCUCUCCGACUCUUGGAGGAACGCCGGUCACCCCCCAGCUGACCGAGAGCUUCAGGAGGAUUUUGUUUGGUGGAACGUUUCAUGUCUUCAACUACGAGUGGAGGAAAUCUGUCUUCCAGUUCAGACAGCUGAAUUCUGAGUUAUCCUUCGCUCUAGAAAUGGACACGGGCGGAGCUCAGGCUGUACAGAUGGUCAUCCAGGCUCGGGUCAUCAAACACCUGCUGUUCAGCCGCCAGAGCAGCUCCGACGGACGGACACUGACCAGUCUGAUUACAGGGCAGAGGGACCAGGAGAGGGCUCUGGCAGCAGCUUUGUCCGAAAGCCUCUGGUUGGCCGGCCAGGAGGUCAGCACCACCGUAACCCUGGUAACAGAAGACUACUGCAUCACUCCUCACCUGGAUUACAAACUGGACAACUUCACAGAGCGGUUGCAGCUGUUCACAUUCAAGGAGAAAGAAGACGUCAGCAAGUUCAUCCUCGAGCACAUACAGAGCUUCACAGAGGAGCGGAGUCAUGGAGUCAUUCUGUUCCUGUACAGCCUCAUCUGCUCCCGGACCGUCGACAGGCUACAGGAGGAUCUGAACUCCACCACCUCACAUCUGCUUCACCUCCGUCUGGGAGACUUUGUCUGUCGUCAGGCUUUGCUGAACCUGUUGCUGACUGGCAGGGCGAGUCCUCACGUCUUCAACGGGACGUUGUACAUUGGGGAGGAUGGUCUGCCUCUGGACCGCCCCCUGCAGGGCGUCCUGACCCGCAGCGAUGUGGGAUAUCUGCACUGGAGCCGAGAGCAAAUGGAGAGAGGACGACUGCCUCAGGUGGGCAGUAUGCUGAAGACCCCCAGGUUUCCCGUGUGGCUCUGCUCAGUGGACAACAGCCUCUCGGUCAUGUUCAGCCUGAAUCUGUCCCUCGUGUCCGACUGGAGGACGGAGCGUCGGUUCCACCUGUUCCUCUGCAGCGGGAUGAGCGCCCAGCAGACCGCGGCCCGGCUGACCGUCGAUACCCACUCUCACCACUGGGAGGCGUCAGAAGCAUACAGAGACUCAGAGAAAACUUUUCCAUCACUGGACAUGACGAUCAGGACCAAGUGGGACGGAGCAGCUGUCAUCUGGAACGACUGA